AUGGAUUCGCAGUGGUCGACAUACCCUGAUUCGACUGGAAAUAGGGCCAGCCAAUUUGGAAAUGGCUUUGGGAGCCAUUCCUCACACAUGCCACAGAAAUAUGCCGCCCAUGGCUCUGGGCCACAAAUGCAACAACCACAGGCACCCUUGGGCUACACCUAUGAAACGUAUCAAAACCCUACGGCCACAAAUCCCCCGCCUUUACCUUCGAGCACCAAAUCAUUAUCUAUAGCAACGUCCCCCGCUGAAACGCCGCUUUCUCGGGAAUUCAUAGACCCCGACACGGCAAUGGAAGAUGCAGACCCGUACAAUCGAUCGAAAUAUUCUACUAGAUCUAGCCAGCAGGUACACGGAUCCUCACAGUUUCUUUCUAGCGAAGAUAGCUCAGCAAUGAGGAAGUAUUCGCCGAUGAAUUUGGUAUCAUCCACGGCCUCCUACAAUACUAGUCCCAGCACUACUCAAAAUUCCUAUAAUUUUUCUACGGGAAAUUCACGGCCCUCGCCAACCAGAACAAGUACAUAUAGUGCCUCGUCCCAGGCGUUCCAAUCUCCACCAUCCGGUGCACCUUCUAGGCCGCAUGCCCCACGAUUACCGCUAAUGCAGCCAACAGACAUGAGCCCCGAGCAAUACUAUCCACAAACUGCGUCUCUCCAGCUUCAUACCAGUUUUUCGCAGAACUCAAAGCCUAUUUCCCUUCAGCCAUCACAGUUGAACCUUACAAACUCUGGUAUGGAAGCACCUAUUGUUAGAGGACCAGUUCCUAGAUUCCAGAAAAUCAAGUCAGCCCAAGAUUUGCAUCCGAAAUUAAAUCCGAAGCCUGCCGGUCGUCGUUUAACCCCAGAAGGGAGCUACAUUAGUCCUCUCCAAGCUUUAACCACGCACCUCCCUGCAAGCUACCGAAUAUGCAACCCAAUGUUCCAAUAUGAGUCCUCACGAAAUCCUCGCCGAGUAUUGACGAAACCAAGUAAAGGAACCAAGAACGAUGGGUUUGACAACGACGAUAGUGACUACAUUCUUUAUGUAAAUGAUAUUCUUGGAAGCGACGAGCCUAAUCACAAGAACCGAUAUCUCAUUCUCGAUGUGCUUGGGCAGGGCACUUUUGGUCAAGUAGUCAAAUGCCAGAAUCUAAAGACGCAGGAAGUUGUAGCCGUCAAGGUUGUGAAAAAUCGGACAGCAUACUUCAACCAAAGUAUGAUGGAGGUAUCUGUUCUAGAUUUGAUUAACAGCAAACUGGAUAAGAAUGAUGACCAUCAUCUUUUGCGUCUAAAAGACACCUUUAUUCAUCGUCAGCAUUUAUGUCUUGUGUUUGAAUUGUUAAGUGUCAAUUUAUAUGAACUCAUCAAGCAGAACCAAUUCCGCGGACUUAGCACAACAUUGGUCCGAGUUUUUGCACAACAGUUACUAAAUGGGCUAGCUCUACUCAACAAAGCCCGACUCAUCCAUUGCGAUUUAAAACCAGAAAACAUUUUGUUAAAAAACCUUGAGAGCCCAAUCAUAAAAAUCAUCGAUUUUGGGUCUGCUUGCGAUGAGAGACAAACUGUCUACACAUACAUCCAAUCCAGAUUCUAUCGUUCUCCAGAAGUUCUUCUAGGUUUACCAUAUUCUUCUGCCAUUGACAUGUGGUCCUUGGGCUGUAUUGUUGUCGAGCUAUUUCUUGGCUUACCGUUAUUUCCUGGAUCGUCAGAGUAUAACCAAGUAUCUAGGAUAGUAGAAAUGUUGGGUAUGCCUCCCAAUUGGAUGAUUGAAAUGGGAAAACAAGCAGGCGAAUUUUUUGAGAAAACUCAAGAUGAAUUUGGAAGGCGAACAUACAGGCUUAAGAGCCUGGAGCAAUACUCGCGUGAGCACAACACCAAAGAGCAGCCAAGCAAAAGAUAUUUUCAGUCAAAUAAUUUGAAUGAAAUCAUACGCAGCUACACCAUGCCGAGGAAAAAUAUGAAACAAGCAGAGAUUGACAGAGAAUUAAAUAACCGCGUUGCCUUUACGGACUUUGUUCGUGGUCUUUUGACAAUCAACCCUUUGGAGAGGUGGUCACCACAGCAGGCUAAGCUACACCCCUUUAUCACACAACAAAAAUUCACACAACCAUUUGUGCCUCCAAUGAACCUAAAGUCGUCUGUCAUCAACAAAGCAGUUGCACCUGGUGUUCAGCAACAGCAACAAGCUGAGGCGGCAAGCAAACAGCGGGCAGCACAAGAGGCUCAAGCUCAGGCCCAAGCCCAAGCCCAAGCUCAAUCUGCGGCGCAAUCUGCAUAUGCAAUGCAGAUGAACUAUAACCCAGCAUCGCAUAACCAACCUCCGCCUGUAUACAACAGCAUGUAUACUGGACAUCAGCAGGGUGCGCCACCGCCCUAUCCUUCUCAACAGGCUGGUUACGGCCACCAAAUGGGAAUGAUUCCAAGCUCCAAUCAUGUCCAGCAACCUUAUGGGCCUUCGCAAAGCCUAUACGCCCAGGCGACAACCCGAGCUGGGAGACAAAGAGCCUCCACUAUGGACCAACAACAAAGCGGCAUUCCACCAGCAAUUCAACGGGUUGCUAGUCACUUGGAUCCGAAUGCGCCAAUUCGCCUCCAGCCCAGCCCAGCGUAUUACCCUCCUCCUCCGGAUGGAUAUCCUGAAGGCAACGGCUCUGGAAACCGACGAAGAGGCAGCCGUCUAGGGGGAUCGCAUGGCCGAAACAGGGACUUUAUUCGUAACCUUGAAGAUGGCGCACUUGGCGAUGGAUUUAUGAAUCAAAAUCAAAACCAAUGGCGAUAA